CCGGCAAUUAAAAUAAUUUUUUAAUUCAGAAUAUGCUGAUAAAUGCCCUAAAGUUGGGUAUAUAGCCGAGCAAAGAAAACGAAGAAAUUAAUUUUUCAUGAGAUACCUCUGAAGAAGCACAUAUCCCAUAUGUAAGGGGCUCUUAUCAAGUGGGCCCAUUUUUCAUCUGUCUAACAGUGCUGUGCACAUUUUUGGUGACAUAUACAAAUGCAGAAAAAAUAGUGACCUCAAACAGUCCUCUGUCGGUAAUAGCGAGCGCUAGUAACUCCUUUGGCAUCGACUUCCUUAAGCGGUUACUGCAGGAGAAGACUGGAAAUAUAAUAUGCUCUCCCUUGAGCGUCAAUAUUGUAUUGGCUAUGGCUGCCUAUGGUGCCCGUGGAAACACUGGUUUCCAGAUAAGACAAACAUUGACGCUUCCUGAGGAAGACGCAAUAGGACAAAGUGGUUAUGAAUCUCUUAUCACUAGUUUGAAUGAUAUAAAGACCGUGGAUUUGCAAAUUGCUAAUAAAAUCUUUGUCGCUAAGAAAUUCGAAGUCAAUCCCGAUUACACGGCUAUUACUAAGGAUAUUUUCCACUCGGAAUGCGAGACAGUAGACGUUUCAAAUCCAACAGCUGCUGCAGCUACUAUCAACUCUUGGUGUGCUAAUAAUACGAACAAUCGUAUAAAAGAUCUACUCACUCCUGACGAUAUCGACAAUCGUACUAAAUUGGUACUGAUAAAUGCUAUUUACUUCAAGGGCAAGUGGAAAGAUAGUUUCGAUGGAAAGUACACCAGCGACUUACCCUUCCAUAUCAAUUCAAAUACAAUUAAGGAAGUACCGAUGAUGACAAUUACUUCCAUGUACUUGCAUGGUCAGCUUCAUAAUCUUGAUGCCAGAUUUGUUGAACUUCCCUAUAAGGGCGAUGAGGUCAGUAUGUUUAUAAUUGUGCCUAAUAAGAUUGAUGGGCUUCAGCGCAUCGAGAACAAUAUUCAUGACUUAGAUUUCAGUCGUUUAAAUCAGUAUGGUAGGAAUGAGGAAGUGAUCCUCUUUGUGCCAAAGUUCAAAAUUGAGAACACCAUCGAGCUCAAUAAUUUAUUGCAAAAGGUAGGUAUGGCUGAGAUGUUCACGGAUGCCGCUGAUUUCUCAGGCAUUGCCGAUACGCCUCUUAAGGUGAGCAAGAUCCUCCAGAAAGGGUUCAUCGAGGUCAAUGAAGAAGGCAGCGAAGCUGUUGCAGCUUCCGCUUUCCUCGUUAGACCGGCCUCGGCAGAUGCUGUUUACAAACCUGUGAUUCAAGUAGAUCGUCCAUUCUUAUAUGCAAUCGUAGACAGUCGUUAUAAAUCCAUCCUGUUCUAUGGUCGCAUACAGGACCCAACGCUGUGAUAUUAAUUAACUAUUUAACUCAGCAUCGAUUUAGUUUUAUGACGAUACUUAUUCCCUUUUUCACCAUUCUUUUACGUUCUGAAUGCAAUUUAAACGGAAGAAAAUAUUUUUUGUUUACAUCAAUUAUAAACAUGAUUUUCAAUUCCCAACUUUUCACAAAUUACAAAAUAUUAAUUUUGUAAUUCAAUAUUCUAUUUUUAUCUCUUCGAAUAUUGUUGGAAACAAAAAAGUUUUAGAUCAUGUCGAAAUUAUUUUGGAAGAUUCUCGUGCAAGUGUUCUACUGCAAACAUUUAUAGAAACAUUUCGAAAUAUUGUUUGUGAAUUGUUCUUUUACAAAUGACUGCGGAAAUAUUAGAGAUCGUCGUUAAACUACGAUUCAUGAAAAUUAGCGUUACCCUUCCGAAACUGAGCAACAUUAAAAAAUACAUGUAUGAAGAUAUGUCAAAUGUAUAUGUGUAUAAUCAUUGU